CUUAUAUUAAAAUAUGGGUAUCAAUUACUAUUCAAUAUUAAAUUUAAAAAGACAUUGUACCAAAGAUGAAAUUCAUAAAGCAUUUGGAAAAUUAAUAAAAAGUCAAGUUCAAAAUUGUUGUUUAGUUAUGUUGUGUGAAGCAUAUGAGGUAUUAUCUGACCCAUUUCGCCGAGCUCUAUAUAAUCAAUACGGUGAAGAGGGAAUUAAAAAAGGUGUAAAAACUGAUGACUUGUACAUUGGUCCAUGGACGUAUCAUCGUAAUGUGAAAAAAACAUAUUCGUAAGUAAGAAUGCAUAGGUAUAAUUUGAGAUUUAAAUUUGAGGAUGCUUCAAAUUUAUUUAAUUAUCUAUGAACCCACACCUGGUUUGAAUUAUAAUCUAAAAAAAUUAAACAUAUUUUUAAAA